AUGGAUUCUGUUCGUAGAAAGCUUGGAUGGCGAAAUGCGUUUACUGUUAACUGUCAGUUUGUUCGGAAAAAACAUGGAAAAAGAAUUAGUAGAGCUGGUGGCCUUUGUUUAUUAUGGAAUGAUGAUAUUACGGUGUCUUUAAAGUCUUAUAGUGACAGUCACAUUGAUGUUAUUGUUAAUGAGAUGUCAGGGCACCAGGUUUGGAGAUUCACAGGUAUUUAUGGGCAACCCAAGGUGGCAAACAGGCACCUUACAUGGAAUUUGAUAAAGAAUCUUGGAGGCCAAGGUAACUAUCCGUGGCUUCUCGGUGGGGAUUUUAAUGAGAUACUUUCUUCAAUGGAAAAAGAAGGUGGCCCGUUGAGAGGGGAAAGACAGAUGGAUGGCUUUCGUGAAGCUCUGGAGGUUAGUGGUUUGAAGGAUUUGUUUUUCUCGGGGCCGCAGUUCACUUGGAGGGGGAAUAGAAAUGGUGAGGAGAUUAAAAUUCGGCUUGAUCGAUUUGUUGCAAAUCCAAGCUGGUUACAAAUGUUCCCGGCAGCAAGAGUGGUACACUUGAAUCCCAAUGAAUCAGAUCAUCUUCCCAUCUUAGUUCAAGUUCGAUGCAAGAGAACCAGAAGAAAAAAGCGGAAAAAGAAGUUUCGUUUCGAAGACUUUUGGCUUCGAGAGAAUGAUUGUAGAGAUGUGGUUGAAGCGGGAUGGGAGACUGCUACAGGGUCAUGCCCUUUUACAAAAGUUUUGCCUACUCUGGGUGAGGGUGACUUGAGCUUUGUGACAAAUAUACUCUCUGAUGAGGAGAAUACCCGGUUGAAUAGUGAGAUCAAGGAGGAGGAAGUUUAUAAGGCUUUGAAACAGAUGCACCCCUCAAAAGCUCCGGGGCCUGAUGGCUUUUCCCCGGCGUUCUACCAACAGUUUUGGGACGUUGUGGGAUCGGAUGUGGUGGAGGCAGUGAGACAAUUCUUGAAUUCCGAAGACCUUCUCAAACAGAUCAACUGUACUUGGGUAACCCUAAUUCCGAAAGUGAAGAAUCCAGAGUUUGUCCAUCAGCUUCGACCUAUCAGUUUGUGUAAUGUUAUAUAUAAGAUUGGGUCUAAAGUUUUAGCAAAUAGAUUGAAGCCCCUCUUGGAUGAUAUCAUCUCACAACAACAGAGUGCCUUUGUUCCCGGAAGAUUAAUUUCGGAUAAUUCUUUGCUUGCAUUUGAGAUUUCUCACUGUCUCAAGCGUCGUAGAAGAGGUAAUGUGGGUUUUUGUGCUCUUAAAUUGGAUAUGAGUAAGGCGUAUGAUAGGGUUGAAUGGGAUUUUUUGGAAGCAGUCUUGGACAAAUUGGGUUUUGGAGCUACCUGGAUUAGAUGGACUAUGGCUUGUGUUCGUACAGUAAGCUACUCGUUUCUCGUGAAUGGUGAUCCGUGUGGCAAUAUUUACCCUUCUCGAGGACUUAGACAAGGUGAUGCAAUAUCACCGUAUCUAUUUCUUCUAUGUGCUGAGGUGCUGUCAAGAAUGAUCAAGGAGGCUGAGCGUAAUGACCUUAUGCAUGGAGUUAGACAAGCACCUGCUAUUAGCCAUCUUUUCUUUGCAGAUGACUCGUUCAUUUUUUCUAAAGCAGAGACCACUGAUAUCUUGUGCAUGAGAGAUAUUUUCCAGAAGUAUGAGCAGAUGUCUGGGCAACAGAUUAAUUAUGAGAAGAGUUGCAUAUCGUUUAGCAAGAAUGUUCCGAGAUGGAAGCAGGAUGAUUUGGCUUGUGUGUUGGGCGUGAAAAGGGUGGACAAGCACGAUAAAUAUCUAGGUUUACCUACAGAACUCAGUUACUCUAAAGAUGAGGCCUUCCGGUACUUGGUUGAUAGAGUGAGGACGAGGACGCAGGGUUGGAGAAACAAAACUCUAAGCACGGCAGGGAAAGAGGUGUUAAUAAAAGCUGUGGUGCAGUCUAUUCCAACAUAUGUGAUGAGUUGCUUCGAAUUACCUAAACACUUAUGUGAUGAGAUGCAUCGACUGAUGGCUCGGUUUUGGUGGGGAGAAUUUGGCGCGGAGAGGAAGAUCCAUUGGGUGGCAUGGGACAAGCUCUGUGCACCAAAGAAGGAGGGUGGCUUAGGGUUCAGGGACAUGCACUUGUUUAACACGGCCUUGCUUGCUAAGCAAGGAUGGAGGUUAAUCUGCAGGCCGGAUUCUUUGCUUGCUCAGGUAUUUAAGGCACGUUAUUUUCCUAAUACUGAUUUCAUGCAUGCUGUUUUGCAUAAGGGUGCGUCUUUUUCGUGGAGGAGUAUUAUGAAAGGGAGGGAUUUGUUGAAAAAGGGGUUGAGAUUUCAGGUGGGCAAUGGGGAGGAUAUUUCGAUUUGGAACGAUCCAUGGGUGCCUCUACCCUAUCGUUUCAAACCUUUUUCCAUCCCCAUGCAGGGUGCGGAGGAUCUUAGAGUUGUAGAUCUCAUUGAUGAGGAGACUGGGGAUUGGCAGGAAUGGUUAUUACAUGAGCUAUUUACACCUAUGGAAGUUGUUAAUAUUAUGAAAAUCCCUCUGAGUCUAAGUGGAGGGAUUGAUAGGCUUGUGUGUCAUUUUGAUAAGAAGGGGAGGUAUAGUGUGAAAAAUGGAUAUCAUGUGGCUCGUGUUAUGGACACUUUGGAGAGGACGACAUCAGGCUCCAGCUUCGGGGCAGAUCGUGCAAGGUUAUGGGGAAAGCUAUGGAAAGUUAACGUACCUCCUAAGGUACGUAUGCAUGCAUGGCGUCUGGUCAAGGGAAUGUUACCCACUCGAGCUACCCUAGCUAAGAGGGUCCAGCUCUCAGACGUGAGAUGUGUGUACUGUUCUAAUGGUGUGGAAGAUAGCCUACACUUGUUCAAAAACUGUGAUGCCUUGAGAACUUUCUGGAUGCAUAGUUCGCUCGAGUUACAACCUGGUAAGCACCCCUCUAUUGUUCUUGACGUUUGGUUUUGGUAUAUGGUUGAUGCACUUAAUGGUGAGAAGCUGGAGUACUUCUUGAUGGCCCUUUGGGUGGUUUGGAUGGAGCGAAAUAAUAUAGUUUGGAAAGCAUCAGUUUCCAACCCCACUAACAUGCAUGCAUGGGCUAAAUCAUUUCUUCAUGAAUAUAAGCAAUUACAUAAACGUCAAGGAGGGAAGGCUAAGAGAUCACUUAUCAAGUGGACUUGUCCACCAAGAGGAAGGUUGAAAAUUAAUAUAGAUGGAAGUUUUUGCACAGAAACUGGUGGUGGAGGUGUAGGGGUUGUGGUCAGAAACUUUGAAGGAACGUGCAUGGCUACUUUUGUGCGACCUUUUCACUUUGCACAAUCAGCCAUUCAUAUGGAGGCCGAAGCUCUUAGGGCGGGGUUGUUAAUUGCAAUUCAACAGGAUUGGAAGGAAAUUAUUGUUGAAAGUGACUGCGUGAACUUGGUGAGUGCAUUACGUGCAACUGAUGAUGAUUUUUCGAGCAUUGGAAGGAUCUUGGAUGAUUGUAGAAGAGCGGGUAUCGCCCGCUCCUUAGCAGAUGACUAUCCAAGGGAGAAGUUCACUACCACCAACCUCAACGACGAUGGUCGUAAAGUUUAA